UGUAAGGGGAACAGAUUCACUUUGGUCAGGUAACCAAACAGGCGUAUCUCUGAAUAUCAACUGCUUUAUCCUAUCAAGUAAAGAACAACUCGUGGCCACUGAACUGAUUGUCGUGAGUCAUCAUUUCUAUUGAAGCAAAAUUGAUCAAUCAUACCUUAUUUCAUCUCUUAUAGGUCGAAUUUACUACUGCAAUGAGGAUGUACUUAGUGGUUCUCUUAUUGUCUUCAACCUUCUGUUAUACACAAGCUUGGCCUACACAAGAAGGCAAGUACUUGAAUAUGUUAUAUCUUAGCCGCAUUCGAAGAGGAGGAUCUAAAUCAGUUCUAAUAUGCGAGGCUCAAAAAUAGACUUUGUCAAUUCCUUGUCGCGCCGCAAUUUUUCAUUCCAUUCCGCCAUCCCACCGCAAUGAACAUUUUCAUCCCGAUCCCGUCUUUUAUUCUAUGCCGCCGAUCCCAUGUUGUUCAAGUUCACCGCCGUAUUUAAACUGGCGGACAAAUUAUAGUCAUCAUAAUAUUGAUAAUGUACUCUCAUUUCUCAUAACUCUCAUGAGGCAAAACCGAGCUUUAAAAUGCGUUAAAAUACGUGUUGAAGCCAAAGAAAAUCUCAGCGACACGUAGGCUUUGUCAUUUCAUACGUGGUUUAUUGGGAUUACUAAUUUAAGCCCGUUUAUAAAGCAAAUAAAUACUUUUUGAUGUUUCUUAGGUCGUGUAACCCAUAACUUGAGUUGAAUUUUGAUCUCGGCUACGACCAUCCUAUCCCGCCUUCGAAACAGAGCAUAUCCCGUUCGUACCCUUCUAUUUUCAUCCCGCAUCUCGCCUUUAAUAUUACUAACCCUCAUCGGGCACCUAUGAUUAUCGGGCCCUCAUAUGCCUGUGCAAAGUUAUGGAACAUUUUUCCUAUUGUGCGUGUUAUAAAGUCAACCCAUAAAGUAUCUAAACUGAUUCCGUCAAAUAAUUUUUAUCAGAAAAUUAUGAAGACUUCUCCAAGUAUUGAAAUCAUGGUCUGAUUACGUAAUUAUCCUUAAGGACUUGUGCGCAAGUUUCAAUCCAAGCAACGAAAAUAAGAAGUUUUUAUCAAAAAGACUUUCUAAGAUGAUCAACCAUGAGCGUGUCAAUCUUGAUGUAAGUCGCCAGAGAUAAUCAUAAUAUUCCUCCACCAUGGAGAGGAGAGUGAUGGCACCGGGAACAUGACAUCAAAAUUACUAACACUAAACGUUGAAGACAAGGACAAGCAACACGCUUUAAGUUACGAAUGAAGUUGGUCAGUUUGAGAAACGCAGGUCAACUGAGCAAAAUUGCAUCAAAGCAGUGACUGCUUUGAUGCAAUUUAGCUUGGUUGACCUUUAGGGGCUUUUUUAUACAAUCUCAGUCUGUAGCUGGUAUAUGUAUUUCUCCUGUUUUUCACAGUAAGAAGCGCCCUUGUUUGUGAAGGAGGGAAGCAAAAAAUCAGGUGCACACAUCAAAAGAUUCAGAUCAUUUCUGCAGUCUAUGGAAGAACAGACCGCUCCGUGUGUCAGUGGGGAUUGGAUUGGACGGUUGCUUGGUUAUGGAAUGUCAACUGCCGCGCAGCUAAUACAUUGGCUAUUGUUAAAAAUGAAUGUGAAACCCUGUCCGAAUGCGAGUUGCAUGCCAGCAACGCAGAAUACGGAGACCCGUGCUUCGGAACGAAGAAAUAUCUUACGGUAAAUAAUCGUUUAUUUUUACGUACGGUUUUCGAAAAAAUAAUUUGUUGCUCUUAAACCCAAAGGUCUGUGAUUUAUCUCUGUAAAUAGGACUAAGAAGUGUUUUUCUGUUCCGCACUCGUAACAAACUUUCAACACAUUUGUUCUCCUAUAUAUAUAUAUAUAUUGUAUAUGCAUUUAUGUUUUUAUCUGUCUAUCACUCAGCAUUAAUGUUAUUACGACUCUAUUGGCUACUUUACGUCACGUGGAACAAAAUCACUAGAUAUUUAUGACGUAAGAGCCCUCAUUUACGUUACUCUUCUUCGAAUAGAAACAAACCUAGUUGAAAAAGCCAGCUUGAGUGUCACUCUUUCAUCUUUGUUACUUUACAGGGAAGAAAAACCAACUCGUUUUGUAGAGUCUAGUUAAAGAGCCAUUUCAAAUAAAGCUAAUCUCAAAUACUACUCUGGAAAAAACAAAAAAAACAUUUGCACAUUCAAUUUCACAUUUGCCCUCAAGCUUCGCUUCUCUGCCAAAUAUUCAUUUUCGGGACAAUCUUUUAACCGCGGACAUUAUCAGCCGACAUAGCAGUCGCCUGAAGAGACCGGUUUAUUUACUAAAUAUUUUUUCACGGGUGCAUGUGCCUUAUACAUUAGAAGUGUCUUUGUGGACUGAACUUGGUGAACACGAAUUUAUUCAUUGUAAAAGUGUCGCCUAAGAAAUUGCAAACUCCUCCGGCUCAGUACGUGUAAACGUUACUACAUAGCUAAAAUGUUUGUGGCCAGACCAAAAAUUCAUAGGAACCUGAACAAAACAUUUCGAUUUAUCACUGCGGAGUGAGAAACUCAGAAACUCAAAAAGAGACCUAAAACUAGAUGAUGAGGUUUUAUUGAUAGCAUCAGUAAACGCAUUGUAUACAUUUUGUUCCUAUAGGUCAAAUACAGGUGUAUCGGCCGGAUUACACCAGAUGACACCAAGAGAGCUCGCGUAUGUGAAAAUCACAAGAUGUCAAUCGAAUGUCCUGAGAGACGUAAUAUCGACAUCGUAUGGGCAAACUUUGGCCGUCUCAAGGGUGCUCACAUCUGUGGCGAUGGUUUCUUUGGAGUAUUUUCCUGGAACCAAGCCUGCCAGCAUCAAGUGGCCUCCAAGGCUAUUGCCAGGCAAUAUUGUCAAGACAAGGAACAUUGCCUUCUUGAUGCCACCGUUGCCAAAUUUGGGGACGCUUGCUGGGGUACCAAGAAAUAUCUAGAGGUUGGUAAAGAAAUAUUUGAUUUUGAAUUUGAAUAAAGUGGAAGAGCAAACCGAUAUGCUUUCACCUACAUUACAUCAAAAGAAAAUAAGUAAACGAUAAUGGUUAAUUAAGCGACCUCUUUCAAUCAAUCGCCUAACCUUUAAGAUUUUGGAAAGAUGCUUUGUGGUUAGGGAUUCCCCUUUUGCACUAUAUUUGAAAACAAAUGCCCAGGUGAAUGUGGAGUUCUAGAUUUAAUAACUUCGAUGUUUUUUCUGGUUCUAGGUCCGCUACAGAUGCUGCCCGAAGAAGGGUGGAUGUGACUGA